GUCUUUUAUUAUUAUUUUAGAUUAUCGGGCGUCACUCAAGUCUGGUAGAUUUUCUAAAUCCAGCUGAAGGACUUCGAUUUCACGUGAUGGGCGUAGACAGUGAUGACGUCAAACCAUCCGGACCUUUGGAGCUCUGAAAGCUCGAGCUCGAUUUUCAACACUCUCUUUGUUUAAAUCUAUCGUACGGUCAGGAAGCUUCCUUUUCCCGACAAAUUGUGUUACAACAUAUUCAAUUGGAACGCUUUGAUCAUGGCAACCCGCACCUCAUCACGUCACGCUGCGCAGAAGGCGAAAGAGGCUAUGGCGGCAACCCCAGAUACUAAGAGAAGAGGGUCCGUUGGCACAAAGCGCAAAGGUUCUCAUGGGAAGUCCCCUGAGCCGAAAAGAGAGAAAACGGAGAAGAAGGCCGAGGAGGCCCCCCAGCAAGUGCCUGAGACAGUAGAAGUUGGCGAGAAACCUGCGGCGCGGCCGGAAGAAAAGCCUGCAGAGGCCCCUGAUGUAAAGCCUGAGGCGACACCUCACAAGAAACCAGAAGAGACACAAAAGGAGAACCAAGAGAAGCCCCAGGAAAACCCAGUGGAAAACACACAAGAAAAACUAAAGUCAGAGGAAAAUCCAGAUGGCACUUCAAUCAAUGGGACUGAGGCUGGGAUGACGAAGACUGAGGAGCGAGAGGAAAUCGUCCCAUCGAACGUCAUUGAGAAAGGUCUAGUCUACUUCUUUUACCGCGGCCGGGUGAAUGUCCCGGAAGCACAUAGUAUGCAGGAUGUGGCGCGAAGCUUUUUUAUCCUCCGCCCGACUCCCCUGGGAUCAGCCGUAGACCGCGGGCAGGGUGCAGCGGAUACUGGUGCAAAAUGCCGGCUGUUGAUGCUGCCGAAGAAGAAGUACCCACGUUCAGGAAAAGAGAGAGAGAUGGGAUUCGUCGAGAAAGCCGGCAUUUCCAUGAAAAAGUUGCAGGACACCUUUAUCCCUGGUGAUUCUUACGAGACAUCUACUCGCGGCAUACGAGAAGUCCCAGAAGCAAAACCUUAUGCAGAGGGUGUUUAUGCUAUUGCCACUACUAAACGAGCAACUCAUCUUGUAUACCACAUCACGCUACCAGAGAAGACUGGGGAGAUCCAGGAGGAUUUUGGACUCAGUGAUCGUGGUAGCUGGCUCAUGCAGUCCAAGAACCCUAAGCUCCCAGGCCCGCCCUUUGCCCGUCUCCCGCAGGAACCUGAAUUCCCUGAGAGCAUCCAGCAGAAAUUCCGAGACCUUCGCUGGAUCCCAACCGAACCUGAGUUGCUUGACUACCCGAAUGCACAGUUUCUGAUGAUAGGUUCAGCAGCCGGAAACCUUGGAAAAGCGGCGACGGCGGAGCCAGGCGAUAAGCGACCAGAGGAGGAAGAGCCGGGAGAAGAAGUAAUCAAGAUGGAAGAUGAGAAUGAGAACAGGAUCGAGGCCUUGGGUGGCGACCACGCGAUCUAUAAAGACCUGGGAUAUCACGCCCAGGACAAAUAUUCCAAACUGGAGACAACCUGGGAUGUAAAACAGGAGGAAUAAUAAGGCGUGGGGAAUUAUCGACCAAGUCUGGUCUGUAGUGCACUGCCAUCCGUGGUGGACAAGUAAUAUUGCUG